AGCCUUCAUGCUAUGGAAGGCCAUGUGAUGAUAGCUUUCCUGCCAACUGUUCUGAACCAGUUGUUCAGAGUUCUCACUAGAGCAAGUCAAGAGGAAGUUGCAGUCAAUGUGACAAGGGUUAUUAUCCAUAUUGUUGCUCAGUGUCAUGAAGAAGGCUUGGAUAGCUACCUGAGAUCUUAUGUCAAGUAUGCUUACAAAGCUGAACCCUAUGUUGCUUCUGAAUAUAAGACAGUACAUGAAGAAUUGACAAAGUCCAUGACAACAAUUUUAAAGCCAUCUGCUGACUUUCUUACAAGCAACAAGCUACUUAAGUAUUCAUGGUUUUUCUUUGAAGUUCUGAUAAAAUCAAUGGCUCAGCAUUUGAUAGAAAACUCUAAAGUGAAGCUGCUGCGAAACCAGAGAUUUUCCGCUUCCUUUCAUCAUGCGGUUGAAACAGUUGUUAAUAUGCUAAUGCCACACAUCACUCAGAAGUACAGAGACAAUCCAGAGGCUUCAAAAAAUGCAAACCAUAGCCUUGCUGCCUUUAUAAAAAGGUGUUUUACUUUUAUGGAUAGAGGCUUUGUUUUCAAGCAAAUCAAUAACUACAUCAGCUGCUUUGCCCCAGGAGAUCCAAAGACUCUUUUUGAAUUCAAAUUUGAAUUUCUCCGUGUAGUCUGUAAUCAUGAGCACUACAUACCUUUGAAUCUACCAAUGCCAUUUGGAAAAGGCAGAGUUCAGAGAUACCAAGACCUUCACCUGGACUAUUCAUUAACUGAUGAGUUCUGUAAAAAUCACUUCUUAGUGGGACUGCUUCUAAGGGAGGUGGGCAAUGCAUUACAAGAGUUCAGAGACGUGCGGCAGAUUGCUAUUAGUGUGCUCAAGAAUUUGAUGAUAAAGCAUUCUUUUGAUGAUAGAUAUGCUUCCAGGAGCCAUCAAGCAAGAAUAGCCACUAUGUAUUUGCCGCUCUUUGGACUACUCAUAGAAAAUGUUCAGCGAAUCAAUGUUAAAGAUGUGUCUCCAUUUCCUGUUAACCCUUCCAGCAAUAGUGCAAAGGAUGAUGCACUUAAUUUGCCAACUGCAAGUCAGCUAGUAACACCACAAAAAUCAGGAAACACAUUGGAUAACAGUCUUCCUAAAGAUCUAUUUGGUGUUAUCUCUGGUAUUGCUUCCCCAUACACCACGUCAACUCCAAAUAUUAAUAGCGUGAGGAAUGCUGACUCAAGAGGCUCUCUUAUAAGUACAGACUCGGGAAACAGUCUCCCAGAAAGACACAGUGACAAGAGUAAUUCUCUUGACAAGAAUCAACAGAGCAGCGCUUUAGGAAGUUCUGUAGUUCGAUAUGACAAACUUGACCAAGCAGAGAUCAAAAGUCUGCUUAUGUGUUUCCUUUAUAUUUUAAGAAGUAUGUCAGAAGACGCAUUGUUUACAUAUUGGAACAAGGCUACAAAAUCUGAACUCAUGGACUUUUUCACGAUUACAGAAGUGUGCUUACAUCAGUUCCAGUACAUGGGAAAACGAUACAUAGCCAGGAACCAGGAGGGGUUGGGAUCCAUAGUUCAUGAUCGAAAAUCUCAGACAUUGCCUGUUUCCCGUAACAGAACAGGAAUGAUGCAUGCCAGAUUGCAGCAGCUGAGCAGCCUGGAUAACUCUCUCACUUUUAACCACAGCUAUGGCCAUUCAGAUGCAGAUGUUCUUCACCAGUCUUUACUUGAAGCAAAUAUUGCCACUGAAGUUUGCCUUACAAUUCUGGAUACUCUAUCAUUAUUCACAAUGGCUUUUAAGAAUCAACUACUGGCUGAUCACGGGCAUAAUCCACUGAUGAAGAAAGUAUUUGAUGUAUACCUCUGCUUCCUUCAAAAGAAUCAGUCUGAAAUAGCACUGAAAAAUGUCUUCAUUGCUUUAAGGGCACUCAUUUUUAAGUUUCCCUCUACAUUUUAUGAAGGUAGAGCUGAUAUGUGUUCUGCACUGUGCUAUGAAAUUCUGAAGUAUUGUAAUUCCAAACUGAGUUCAAUUCGUACUGAAGCUUCACAGUUACUGUACUUCUUAAUGAGAAAUAAUUUUGAUUACACAGGGAAGAAGUCUUUUGUUAGGACACAUCUGCAAGUUAUUAUUUCAGUAAGCCAGUUAAUUGCUGAUGUUGUUGGAAUUGGAGGAACUAGAUUUCAGCAGUCUCUUUCCAUCAUCAAUAAUUGUGCCAAUAACGACAGAAUUAUAAAGCACACUACAUUCCCUUCUGAUGUUAAGGAUUUAACAAAACGGAUUCGUACAGUACUGAUGGCUACAGCUCAGAUGAAGGAGCAUGAGAAUGAUCCAGAAAUGCUUGUAGACCUCCAGUACAGUUUGGCAAAGUCUUAUGCUAGUACACCUGAGCUGAGGAAGACGUGGUUAGACAGCAUGGCAAGGAUCCAUGUUAAAAAUGGAGAUCUUUCGGAGGCGGCAAUGUGCUAUGUCCAUGUAGCAGCACUGGUUGCAGAAUAUCUCACACGAAAAGGGAUGUUUAGGCAAGGUUGUACUGCUUUCAGAGUAAUCACUCCUAAUAUAGAUGAAGAGGCUUCAAUGAUGGAGGAUGUUGGAAUGCAAGAUGUUCACUUCAAUGAAGAUGUGCUCAUGGAAUUGUUGGAGCAGUGUGCUGAUGGACUCUGGAAGGCAGAACGCUAUGAACUCAUUGCUGACAUAUAUAAACUUAUAAUUCCCAUCUAUGAAAAACGGAGAGAUUUUGAGAGACUUGCUCAUUUAUAUGACACUCUUCAUCGAGCAUACAGUAAAGUAACAGAAGUUAUGCAUACAGGCAAGAGACUGCUGGGAACUUAUUUCAGGGUAGCGUUCUUUGGACAGGCAGCGCAAUACCAGUUUACAGACAGUGAAACAGAUGUUGAGGGAUUCUUUGAGGAUGAAGACGGAAAGGAAUAUAUCUAUAAAGAGCCUAAACUUACGCCUCUCUCGGAAAUUUCCCAAAGACUCCAGAAACUCUACUCUGACAAAUUCGGAUCUGAAAAUGUCAAAAUGAUUCAGGACUCUGGCAAAGUAAAUCCUAAGGAUUUAGAUUCAAAAUAUGCAUAUAUUCAAGUUACACAUGUAAUUCCAUACUUUGAAGAAAAAGAGUUGCAAGAAAGAAAAACAGAAUUUGAAAGGACUCAUAAUAUUCGUCGCUUUAUGUUUGAGAUGCCUUUUACUCAGGCUGGUAAAAGACAAGGAGGAGUAGAAGAACAGUGUAAGCGACGGACUAUUUUGACAGCUAUACAUUGUUUCCCAUAUGUGAAAAAGCGCAUUCCAGUAAUGUACCAGCACCAUACUGAUUUAAACCCAAUUGAAGUAGCCAUUGAUGAAAUGAGUAAAAAAGUUGCAGAACUUAGGCAGCUUUGCUCUUCAGCUGAAGUAGAUAUGAUCAAAUUGCAGUUGAAGCUACAAGGAAGUGUCAGUGUUCAGGUUAAUGCUGGUCCAUUAGCAUAUGCAAGAGCUUUCUUAGAUGACACAAACACCAAAAGAUAUCCAGACAAUAAAGUAAAGCUGCUAAAGGAAGUUUUUAGGCAAUUUGUUGAAGCUUGUGGGCAUGCUCUGGGUGUAAAUGAACGACUUAUAAAGGAAGAUCAAUUGGAAUAUCAAGAAGAAAUGAAGGCCAACUACAGAGAAAUGGCAAAAGAGCUUUCUGAAAUAAUGCAUGAGCAAAUUACUCCGGUUGAAGAAAAGGCGAGUGUUAUGCCUAAUUCGCUACACAUUUUCAACGCCAUAAGUGGAACUCCAACAAGCACAACAGUUCAUGGGAUGCCCAGUUCUUCUUCAGUUGCAUGAUUGUUUUGUAAAGGAAAGUAUGUUUGGUUUUUUUAAAGUAUGUGGAUUUGCUUCAUUGUGUGCGAACUCAGGAUGAUUUUGAAGCUAAAUGUUGGGCACGUGCAAGCUGCAUAAUUCAUACAAAUGUCUG